GUGGCAGGACACGUAACCCCUGAGCCACUCACUGUGGAGGUGAACUUUAGCUGGCCCUUCACACCCAGGAGACACGAGCGGGGAUUUGAACUGACAGACUCUGGACUCCCAGCCAGGCUCUCCCCACUGUGCUAUACUAGCUGUCAUUCUAGUAUGAGAAAGUGAUAAAAAUAUUUCCCUAUCCGCUUUCUCCACACCAGGCAUAAUUUUAUAAACUUCUAUCAUAUCUCUUCUCUGCCUCCAUUUGCCUGUUUUUUCUAAACCAAAAAGCCCUAAAUGUAAAGUCUUCCUCAUAGGGGAAUUGUUCCAGUCCCUCCCUGAUAUCUGUGCUUUCCCCCCUUCCUGUUUCUCUCUCUCACCCUCUUGAACAACGGGACAGAUUUCUGCCUCUUGUGCAGCCUUCCUGGCUGCGUUCUGCAUAAGUCAUGCUCAGUGAUCCUUGGCAGUUCCAGGAAUGCCGGGUAAUGUCUCCUGCUCCUGGGUGACCUGCUGUGACGAACCUUGUUACACAAAGAACCAGCUGAGUGAGGAUCAGAAUCUGCUUUGUUGAGAAGACGGAAGGAUUCCUUCAGCAAGCAGCUGUGGUUUUUUUUUAAAAAAAAAAUCCAAAAUCACUCCAGUGGUUUAACUCAAUAAAGCUUUUGCAGGAAGAAGCCUUUGAUCCACCUCCUUUGGGAGGGACCUUCCAAGCAUUUAGAAGAGUAACCAAUCAUACCCAAUUUCCCUUCCAGCUGUGGCUGCCGCAGAGAAGGAGUUAAGCGGGAAGUCUCUGAAACAACAUCACCUCUCCAAAGACAAAAGGCAACCAGCAAGACCAUCUUGGGGCACUUUAAAGACUAACAGUGCCACCCCUCUGAAAAGUCUGCUGCUACUGACUGUGUGAAUCACAAGGCCUGACUUCACUAGGUGUUAAAGGCACAAGAGUCCUAGCAGAGUAAAGAGACGGCAAGUGUAACCCACUGUGCGAUUGCCUGAAUUUGCAUGGUUCCCUCAAGACAGGCAAAUAACACCAGCCAACUCCAGCUGUUGUUUUCUUUCUGGCUCUUGUAUCCCCUACAGAGAGCAAUGCCUACAGUACAAGGGAAAGAUCUGCAGCCAGAAGAACGCCCUGAGCUGGGUGUAGUAGAUGGGAUUCCCCUGCCAAAAACUACCUGUAAUGAAUGGGAUCGGAUCCAGAGCUUCCAGGCGAAGCCAGAUGAUCUGCUUGUCUGCACGUAUCCCAAAGCAGGUACCACCUGGAUCCAAGAGAUAGUGGAUAUGAUCCAACAAGAAGGUGACCUGGAGAAAUGUCAGCGGGCCCCUGUGCAUCACCGGCACCCAUUCAUUGAGUGGGUACGGCCGCCCCAGCCCUCAGGGGUGGAUCAAGCGGAUGCAAUGCCCUCUCCACGGAUUCUGAAAACCCAUCUCCCUGUACAGUUGCUCCCUCGGUCCUUUGGGGAGCAGAACUGCAAGUUCCUUUACGUAGCAAGGAAUGCCAAGGACUGCAUGGUGUCCUAUUUCCACUUCCAAAGGAUGAGCAAGGUGGUUCCUGCUCCCGGAACGUGGCAGGAAUAUUUUGAGACUUUCAUGGCAGGCAAAGUGGGCUGGGGUCCGUGGUAUGAUCACGUGAAAGGUUGGUGGAAGGCAAAAGACACUCACCGUGUGCUCUACCUGUUCUAUGAAGACAUCAAAAAGGACCCAAAGCGUGAAAUCCAGAAGGUGAUGCAGUUUAUAGGGAAGCAACUAGAUGAGGCAACUCUGGACAAGAUUGUCCACCACAGCUCAUUUGAAGUAAUGAAAGACAACCCCAUGGCCAACCGGGCCGGCGUGCCCCUUUCAGUCAUGGACCAGUCCAUUUCCCCAUUCAUGCGGAAAGGGACAGUUGGGGACUGGAAGAAUCACUUCACGGUGGCUCAGAAUGAGAGGUUCAACGAAGACUACCAAAGAAAGAUGGCCGAUACUACGCUGACAUUCUCCAUGGAACUCUGAGGUCUAAAACUCCAGUGUUGGAAACCUUUAAGAGGAUUCCCUGAAAAGAGAGGGCUCGUCUCGACAAAUGUCCUCAGGAGUUUUGCCUUUUCCAGUUGCACCUCUAGUCUGUAUAUCCUUAUUAUCCAAAUUUAAAAAAAAACUUUUCAUAAUCUUG